CCUACUCACACAUCUGGACACAUCCUUGAUCUGAUAAUCACGCAGAAUUCUCAUGAUACUUUACUUCCCACUCGUCCUUUAACAGAUCAUUUAUUUUCGGAUCAUAUCACAGUCAUAUGCGACCUCACAUUAGGAAGAAUACCACCAACAGAGAAACAAAUAUCAUAUAGAAAAAUUAAAGCAAUCGAUAAAGCAGGACUUCAAGAAGAAUUAUUGUCAUCAGAUUUUUGUUUAAACCGUCCUGAUACGCUAAAUGAACUUGUGAAAUGCUAUAAUGAUACUUUUAAAUUAGCUCAGACACUAAACCGGUACGCACCCCUAUGUACGAAGCUCGUCAAAUCUGGGCCAUUAGUUCCCUGGUUCAAUGAUGAUAAUAAAAUUGCAAGGCGAGAGAAGAGAAAGGCCGAGAGAAAAUGGCGCCGUACUGGCCACACUGAAGACAUGAGGAACUAUAAAAUUACGAAGAAUAAUACGAACAAGCUAAUGAACGAAGCUCGUUGCACAACAGAG